UAAAAAUGUGGUCUCUUCUCAACACUCCCUUUACUCUUUUUUCCCUCUCCAUCACUUUCUCUCAGAACUAAAGUCACAACUUCUUCUCUCUUCACACACUCUCUCUCUCUCUCUAAAGAUCACACGAUGAUAACGGCGACGGACUUCUACCAUGUUAUGACGGCGAUGGUUCCGUUAUACGUAGCCAUGAUCCUCGCAUACGGCUCCGUCAAAUGGUGGAAGAUCUUCACACCGGACCAAUGCUCCGGCAUCAAUCGUUUCGUCGCUCUCUUCGCCGUCCCUCUCCUCUCUUUCCACUUCAUCGCCGCCAACAAUCCUUACAAAAUGAACCUCCGUUUCCUCGCCGCAGAUUCCCUCCAGAAAGUCAUCGUCCUCUCACUCCUCUUCCUCUGGUGCAAAAUCAGCCGCAACGGCUCUCUAGACUGGACCAUCACCCUCUUCUCCCUCACCACUCUCCCCAACACUCUAGUCAUGGGGAUUCCUCUCCUUAAAGGCAUGUACGGCGAUUUCUCCGGCGACCUCAUGGUCCAAAUCGUUGUUCUUCAGUGUAUCAUCUGGUACACUCUCAUGCUCUUCCUCUUCGAGUACCGUGGCGCGAAGCUCUUGAUCUCCGAGCAGUUUCCCGACACAGCUGGAUCUAUUGUCUCUAUCCAUGUUGAUUCCGACAUUAUGUCGUUGGAUGGUCGGCAACCGCUUGAGACCGAAGCUGAGAUUAAAGAAGAUGGGAAGCUUCAUGUCACCGUUCGUCGCUCUAACGCCUCGAGGUCUGAUAUCUACUCGAGGAGGUCUCAGGGCUUAUCGGCGACUCCUCGUCCUUCGAAUCUCACCAACGCCGAGAUUUACUCUCUUCAGAGCUCAAGAAACCCAACGCCGCGUGGCUCGAGCUUCAAUCAUACCGAUUUUUACUCGAUGAUGGCUGCUGGUGGUGGCCGGAACUCAAACUUCGGUCCCGGAGAGGCUGUUUUCGGCUCCAAGGGACCCACUCCACGGCCGUCUAACUUCGAGGAAGACGGUGGUGCUAAACCGACGGCUGCUGGAACUGCCGCAGGAGCUGGGAGGUUCCAUUACCAAUCCGGUGGAAGUGGUGGAGGUGGAGCGCACUAUCCGGCGCCGAAUCCAGGGAUGUUCUCGCCGCAGACCGGCGGUGGAGGUGCAGCGGCGAAAGGAAACGCUCCGGUGGUUGGUGGGAAGAGAGGGAAUGGGCAAGAUGCAAACGGAAGAGACCUUCACAUGUUUGUGUGGAGCUCAAGCGCAUCGCCGGUCUCAGACGUGUUUGGAGGUGGAGGAGGAAACCACCACGCCGAUUACACCGCCGCUUCGAACGAUCAUCAUAAAGAUGUCAAGAUCUCUGUACCCCAGGGGAAUAGUAACGAUAACCAAUAUGUGGAGAGGGAAGAGUUCAGUUUCGGUAAUAAGGACGACGAUAGCAAAGUUUUGGCUACGGACGGUGGCAACAACAUAAGCAACAAGACGCAGCAGCAGCAGCCAAAGGUUAUGCCACCAACAAGCGUGAUGACAAGACUGAUACUCAUUAUGGUUUGGAGAAAACUCAUCCGUAAUCCCAACUCUUACUCCAGUUUAUUCGGCAUCACCUGGUCCCUCAUUUCCUUCAGGUGGAACAUUGAAAUGCCAGCUCUUAUAGCAAAGUCUAUCUCCAUACUCUCAGAUGCAGGUCUAGGCAUGGCUAUGUUCAGUCUUGGGUUGUUCAUGGCGUUGAACCCAAGAAUUAUAGCGUGUGGAAACAGAAGAGCAGGUUUUGCAGCGGGGAUGAGAUUUCUCGCCGGACCUGCCGUCAUGACCGUUGCUUCCUACGCCGUUGGCCUCCGUGGCGUUCUCCUCCGCGUCGCCAUCAUUCAGGCUGCGUUGCCGCAAGGAAUUGUACCGUUUGUGUUCGCCAAGGAGUAUAAUGUGCAUCCUGACAUUCUUAGCACUGCUGUGAUAUUUGGGAUGCUGAUUGCGUUGCCCAUAACUCUUCUCUACUACAUUCUCUUGGGGCUAUGAUGAGAGAUAUUACCAACACAGGGGCCUUUUUUUUAAUCUUUUGGGGGGUUAUAAAAUGUGAAAAGAACAAUGCCCUUUUAGUUGAAUACCCACAAAUUGGAAUCAAUAGCAGCUUCUAAGAGAAUUUGGAGAAAGGAAGCUCUUGAAGAAAGGAAGAAGAAGAAGUAGAAGUAGGAGCUUGGCAAGUUUCCCUUUUCUUAGUUUUAAUGAACAUUUUCUGUUUCUUUUGGUAGGUAUUAGGAAUUUGUAAAAGCGUUGCUACUUUUAGUGAAUUUAAACUCACAUCUCAAGGAACUAUUAUUGUUUAUGUGCUUGCCAAAUCAAAUUCCCGGGAGAAAGAUGCUUAAUCUCAUAAGAAUACAAAGUAUUUAUUCUAUUUCACAUAUUAAUCACAGAAAUUAAGUUUACUUA